AUGCCUGUCAACAGCACUGCCGUGUCCUUGGCCAACGCUACCUACAUCACUGUGGAGAUUCUCAUUGGGCUCUGUGCCAUAGUGGGCAACGUGCUGGUCAUCUGGGUGGUCAAACUGAACCCCAGCCUGCAGAACACCACCUUCUAUUUCAUUGUCUCCCUAGCCCUGGCUGACAUUGCUGUCGGGGUGCUCGUCAUGCCUUUGGCCAUUGUCAUCAGCCUGGGUGUCACAAUCCACUUUUAUAGCUGCCUUCUCAUGACCUGCCUGCUGCUGAUCUUCACCCACGCCUCCAUCAUGUCCUUGCUAGCCAUUGCCGUGGACCGAUACCUGCGGGUCAAGCUCACGGUCAGAUAUCUGUUUCCUGAAAACAAAUCUAGGAUUCCUAAGACCCCUGGGUCCAUCUGGUCAUCCCAGUUGAAGGUUCACUUCCUUCCAGUCAUGAGGCUCUUCAUUCUGCUCUCCUUGACUGUCUUUUCAGAUGCUAUGGUCAUGGAUGAAAAGGUCAAGGAAAACUUUGUGCUGGACACAGCUUCUACCAUCUGCAACUACGAUGCCCACUAUAAGGACCACCCCAAAUACUGGUGCCGAGGCUAUUUCCAGGACUAUUGCAACAUCAUUGCCUUCACACCCAACAGCACUGACCGCGUGGCCCUGAGGGACAUAGGAAACCAGCUUAUUGUCACUGUGUCCUGCCUGACCAAGGAGGAUACGGGCUGGUACUGGUGCGGCAUCCAGCGGGACUUUGCCAGGGAUGACGUGGAUUUUACAGAGCUGGUUGUCACUGACAACAGAAGAGCCCUCGCCAACAAUUUUUGGUCUGGGAGAGACCUAUCAGGCAACAAGAACAGAAGCUGCAGUUCUUCCAAAGUUGUCCACAAGGCAGAUCACUCCAAGAUGACCAUUCUCAUCAUUUGCAUGCUCAUCACGGGCUUGGGGAUCAUCUCUAUAAUCAGUCAUUUGUCCAGAAGAAAGAGAGGUCAAAUGAGUAGAAGGGGUAGGUAG